AUGAUUGUGGAACCAACAAAGCCCAACCAGCAGAUACAACAACUAGGCAACAAAACCGAAUGUGGUUUGCUCGGGUUUGUGCAGAAUAUUGGUGGAGAUUACGCAGAAAUUCGUCGCAAGUUUCCAGAAGAAAGCCUUCAUAAAGUGUAUACGUUCAAUUCAACGCGUAAAUCAAUGAUGACCGUGAUAAAACUGUAUUCGGAGAAUGGCACUGAAGUCGGGUAUCGAGUCUAUCAGAAAGGUGCUGCCGAACUUGUCCUUGCACGUUGUAGCCACUUCAUUGGCUCGGAUCUGAGCGUAAAUCAAUUUGAUCAUGAACGAAGGCAACAAAUCACCAGCGCUAUUAUCACGAAUAUGGCUGAACUCGGUCUUCGAACAAUUUGUAUCGCUUACAAAGACUACAUCAGGAAAUCUUUCAGAGAUGCGGAGCACAACGAGGUGAGUUUUUUUACCGUUUUCAUUCGUAGAAUCGGAUCAACUUUCAUGUGA